GUUGUCCAGUCCUUCCGUUGCCCCUCCCGGCCCGAUACCGGCGGGUGGGAGAAAGGGAUAGGGGUUAGGAGAGGGGUGUUAAGGGAAAAUCUCGUGCCACCUUGUUACAACAUAUACACAUCUUUCUUUUUUCGGGGGUUUGUUCACCGAUUACUCCGAGAUGGAUGACACAAUCAGAACGAAACCUUUUGCAUUUUGUAGAGUAUGUCUUCCGAUUGGUCCCGUUAAAAAAACAUUUUGCAUUUUUUCAUUGCUAAGGAUUAUGCACCGACAUUUCGUAUUAACCUAAUUUCAUAAUUCACCUAAUCACUUUAAAUCACUACAUGUCAUCGUACAACAAUCACAGCACUCCAUCACCAAAAUACUUUGCAACUAAAAAUCAUAUUCCCCUUUUAUCUGCAUGAUCGUUUCAAUCAUUUCUUCAAUUCUAACUCUCUACCCUACAAAGUUCUAUCCAGCACGUAGCCACUAUUUACUGCAUUGAAAAUUCUCUAAUACCGUAGCCUGAAUCAUACAUAAAUCAUCGAUCAGGAACUUCGCAAACAGCAUGAUUAUUACCAAUGUAACAUAGUAGCACGCAACUCGUCCCUUUAUCCUUUUUUCUCUACAGAAUAGCAAAAGCAGCAGAUAUUACCUGUACAUAGAAAAGUUUACUGAAGAUUUGUACAUCAAAGGCAUGUAACAAUGUAUUGAUUCCGUUCGUUAUAUUCUUAUAAUUGGUGGGGUGUGUGCAUAUAUAAGACAAACGACAUCCGAUCGUUUGAAUUUCUUAUCAUGGGGUCGAAACACACCACAGAUAUUUCUAUUAAUUCAGCUAUCUUUCAUUUGAAGGUGAUGGGUAUCUGGUUUGCAGUUAAUCGCAUGGAGAAAUGUUUCAGAAAUUCUAUGGCGAUAUGUUCCUUCAUCUCAAUCGUCAUCAUUACAUCGCUUCAGUUCAGAAGUAUUUACAUUUGUUGGGAGGAUACUACCUUGAGCAUUGCUUUCACAUGCCAGGCUGUGGCUAUGCUCCUAUGCUUCCUCAAGUUUUCUUUAGUGUUUAUUCAGAAAAGGAAGUUUCUUCAAUUGAUCGAGUUUAUGCAGACGAAUUUUUGGCAUUCAAGUUAUGGUGUUCACGAGGAACAACUUCUUGCUAAUGUGAAGAAAAUCUGCAUUUACUUCAUCUGUACGUUUUCAUCCUUGACGCAAUUCACGGUUCUUUGUUACAUUUUCAGACCUGCUAUACUAAAUAUUGGAAAGAAUGCAUCAGAUAGGACGCUUAUUUUUCCCAUGUGGUUAAAUGAAUCAUGGAAUGAGACGCCGUACUUUGAAAUAGAGUAUGUGAUACAGGUAGUGGUAAUUUUUCGAAGAGCUCUCAGCUCAGUCCAGGCUUCCAUUAGUUUUCUCUGUUUCGACAAUAUCUUCUGCAUCAUGUGUCUGCACGCAGCUGGUCAAUUUCGCAUAUUACAGUACAGGAUGACCAAUAUUCACGAAGUGCAAAAUGCACCUCAAAAUAGCAAUAAUGUAAAUAAAAACGUGUUGUAUUUAUCGGAGAUUUGUUUAGGCGCGUUUAGAGAUUGCAUUCGGCAACAUCAAACCCUCAUUGAUUUCUGCAAAUUGGUCGAUGAAGUGUUCAGAGAGAUUAUGCUUUUGCAAGUGUUAAUUUUUAGCAUGUUAAUGUGUUUGACCGGAUAUCAAACAUUUCUGGUUAGUGUACAUCCUGAAAAUCUUUUAUAG